AGGCCUGCAGUAGCAGCGUCGCCUCCAACAGAUGGCGCUCCAAGUCAGGCCUGGGCAUCCUCUUCCUCCUCUUCUUCCUCCGCAUCCGCCCGUCGCCAUGGUGCAGAUGAUGGAGUCUCAGUGCGAGUACUUCAUGUAUUUCCCGGCGGUGCCCAUCACGGACCUGUCCGAGCCGGCCCAAUACCGCACUCUACCACGCAGGAGCCAUCUCUACCUGGGAGAGACGGUCCGUUUCCUGCUGGUGCUGCGCUGCAGGGACGCCGGAAGGGCGACGCCGACCAAGACAGGCCCGGGGGACGGUUUCGGGACCGAAACAUGCAGCGGUCGUGCCUGGCGCGAGCUGGCCGGCUCACUGUGCGCCGUGGCCAGCGUGAGUCCAGGCGAGAGCGGUCGGCACCGGGCCGGCCAGCACCACCACGACUACGGCAGCAGCGGGGACGAGGGCGGCGAUGACGCCGGGGAUGACUACAUGGCGGCGGCGGAGGCGGCCAUCGCAGCGCUGGGCAGCAGAGUGGACUCGCGAUGUCGGACCUUCCGGGACUGCAAGCCGCUGCUCAUUCACAACUCUUGUGGGUCAACCGGCCGGGAGUUCCGCAGGGCUCCGUUCCAGUCUCCUCUGGAUGAGCCGAUGGUUCUGGAGGACGAGGUCAUCUUUCCGCUCACCGUCUCCUUGGACAAACUCCCUGUCAGCACUGUCAAAGUCAAGGUGAUGGUCACAGUGUGGAAGAAGGAGGCGGAGCAAGCGGAGGUGCAGGAGUUGGGCUAUCUGAGCGUGCUGCAGCAACGAGAACCGUCACUCACCUUCAGACAAGACCUGAACACCUUCAAGGCUCAAGUGAGCACCACCUUGACCGUCCUGCCGCCUCCCUCCGUGCGCUGUAAGCUGAUGAGCGUUUCGGGGCGCCACCUGGCUGUGCUCAAAGUAUUAAACAAGUCGUCGCAGGAGGAAGUGAGCGUGCGGGACCUUCGUAUUCUGCCGGACCUCAACGCCUCCUACUUGCCCGUCAUGCCCGACGGCUCUGUGCUGUUGGUGGACAACGUUUGCCACCACUCAGGCGAGGUGGGCAUGGCGUCUUUCUGCAAAGUGGACAGCGCCGCCUGCCGCCUUCCCAGCAUGCUCGGUGCCUUGGAGGAGCACGACUUCCUGUUCCAGUUGCACCUCAACGACAUGCCGCUGGACGAGUCCAAUGAGGGGAUGGAGGUCCCUCUGGUUGCUGUGCUGCAGUGGUCAACUGCCAAGAUGCCCUUCACCAACUGCAUCUACACCCACUACAGGUUGCCAAGCGUCCGCCUGGACCGGCCGCGCUUCGUGAUGACGGCAAGCUGUCCCAGCACCGUCGAGGUAAAGGAGCACUUCAAGGUCAAAUAUGUGCUGCUCAACAACCUGCAGGACUUCCUGUCCGUGCGCCUGGUCUGGACCCCCGAGGGGCGCGGUCAGAGAGAGGACACCACGCUUUCUGCGGUGGUGUGCCACACCCCCCUCAGCAACCUGGGCCACUGUCGCAAGGGCAGCACGCUGACCUUCAGCGUAGCCUUCCAGAUCCUCCGACCGGGACUCUAUGAGCUGAGUCAGCACAUGAAGCUCAAGCUGCAAUUCACGGCAUCUGUGUCCAACCCGCCACCUGACGCCAGGCCACUCUCACGUAAGAACAGCCCAUCCAGCCCGGCAAUGCGAGACCUGCUAGACCGCCACCAGGCCAGUUUGGGUCGCUCCCAGUCCUUCUCCCACCAGCAGCCGUCUCGCUCGCACAUCAUGAGGACGGGCAGCGCCAUGGAGCGGCGCGCCAUCACGCCCCCGGUGGGUUCUCCAGUGGGUCGGCCGCUCUACUUGCCACCGCAGGACAAAAGCCUUCUGUCGCUGGACAAGAUCGCCAAGCGAGAGUGCAAAGUUCUGGUUGUGGAUCCGGGACGCAGGGAGAACAUCUAGGAGGACAUGCGGGAGAAUGCUGACCACCCCUCAAAGGACAAUGUUUGGUCAGGACAAAUGCGCUUGCUUUGGGGGACACAUUCUGGCAUCUUGGUGCCAAGGAACUAUGUUGACAUGAGUUGUGGAGCUUCAGCUCAUGCGUUGCAACCAUCUUGCAUUUUUUGCAGUGUUAUCAGUCUACAUCAGUAUCAACUUGAAUAAACUUGAAUAAACAGUUUGCCCAUUU